AUGUCUUCAUCAGGGGGUUCCGAAAACCGCAACGGCGGUUCUUCCAAACCAUUCUCACUUUCCUCGAGUGCCAACGGCGCCCCCAAGAAAACUGCCUUCAACUUCCAGGCAAGUCGCGGCCGUCCCACUGCAGACAAGGGCUGUUCUCUCCCUCGCCGACCACACCAACUUGGGCAUGGGGAUGAUUCCUCGGACGAAGAUGAGCGGAUCCCCGCCCACGAGGAGCUUGCUGGGUUCAACACUCUCACAGGCGACGCAAUCACUGCCGACGGAGAAGCCGUCAAAAAGGCAGGGCCGUUGGUGAUUCCGGUUACGAGCAAAAAUAACUGGCGCGACCGCGCAGGUGUCAAUGUGAAGAAGGGAAAGAACCUUUUGCCAGCCGAAGUUCAGGCCAUGCAAGAGGCCCAGAGAAAUGGACAAGCUCCUGGAAGUGCCGUUGAAACCGAAGGGCCCAGCAUGGCUUAUGGGCUUAGCUUUGCGCAGCAGAGUGAACGAAACGAGCAUGAUAUUACCGACGCAGAUCAUCCAAUGACAGAGGCGAAAUCAACUUCACCUCCCCCUGCCGAGAAUAAGCCUCUUACGGACGAUGAGAUCGCCCUUCAAGCUUUGAUUCGGGAGACCCAGGGAGAACCAGAGCGGAGGUCAGAUUUGGUGAUUGAGGCCUCGAAAUCUCGGGACGAUGAAGAACAAGCGCCUUCUCGCUACGACGAAACUAGCAAUUUCCGAACUGACGUAGAUUCUCGUCCCGAAUCCGCGACAUUGGACCAAUACAAUGCUAUUCCGGUGGAGGAAUUCGGUGCUGCUUUGCUACGGGGAAUGGGCUGGAAGGAUGGUCAAUCUAUUGGACGGGGAAACUAUGGGUCCUCUGCGCCGGUAGAAAAGGACAAGAAACCUCUUGUCCCGGCACGACGCCCCGGCUUCCUGGGAAUCGGAGCAAAGGACUCUGCAGGUGGGAAAGGUGCCGAGGCUGAGCUAGGAGCUUGGGGCAAGUCUGCUAUGCGCAAGGCAUCUCGAAAGGCGGGCGAAGAAAACGGGAAUGGCAAUGCCGAGGGUGUCUACAUGCCUGUCACGAUGCGCAACAAAAAAACUGGUGAAUACAUGACCGAGGAAGAGCUCGCAGAGUUGAAGAAAAAGGCCGCCGCCCCACCAGAGAAGGACGACUGGCGUGAGAGACGGGAUCGCAAUCUAGAAAAGAGUGGAAGAGACAAAGAUCGCGAAUACCGCAAGCGCGACUAUGAUGAGGAUUCCGAUCGCUCUGAUCGUAGGAAUGGGUCUUCCCGCCGUGAUCGAAGCCGUUCAAGUGGCCGCCAAUCUUCUAGGCGAUCUCGUUACGAUGACGAUGACCGCAAAAAGGAUGAUCGGUCCUAUCGUGAUCGUGAUCGUGAACGCGACAGAGAUAGUCGACGAGACCGGGAUGACAAGGAUUAUCGCCGGGAUCGAGAUCGUGACCAAGACCGAGACCGAGACCGGCGGUCCCGAGAUGACCGCUACAGCAGCUCACGGCAUUCCUCCCAUUCAUCUCGGCAUGACCGCGACCGAGAUCGCGACCGCGACUCUCACCGAAGCCGUCGGGAUGAUUAA